UUAGAUCUGUGUGUUGCUGCCUUCACGACGACACGGGCUAGCGACAUCCACGCUGAAAUCUUCAACUCCUCCUAUAAUUACUUAGUCAGGCCCUCCGAUCUCACCAGCGUCAACAUGGAGUUCGUCAUCUUCGCCGUCAACCAAGUGGAUCUGAAAAACCAAGUUAUCUCACUGUCUGGUUGGCUCACAGUCAAAUGGCAGGAUGACCGACUUGUUUGGAAUCCGUCAUCGUAUGGAGACAUUGAUCUGAUUUAUACCAAGCCGGCCAAAAUCUGGAAGCCAGAACUUAUCAUCGAUAAUUCAGUUAGUGGCAUGGAUCCCAUCGGCCAUGACGAUCUGCUAUUUCGGGUCAAGAACACCGGCGAAAUUCGCUGGGAUCCCCCUGGCCUAUACGACGUCCACUGUGAAAUAGACAUCACUUACUUCCCUUUUGAUUACCAGACCUGCUACAUAGAGGUCGCCAGCUGGGUGUACAGCAUGGAGAAAGUCAACUUAACAAAGAUUCACGACUACGUCCUUACGGAGGAUUACCACGUGAAUGGCGAGUGGGACCUAGACUCCACUUUUGUCAAGGAAUCCUUCCUCACAGAAGAAGGAGAAAUGUUUUCUUCUAUAAAAUUCGCCCUUGUUUUAAAGAGGCGGGCGGGAUAUUACAUGUCACACAUUAUAUUCCCCGUUCUGAUUAUCUCGCUGCUAACCAAUAUCACGUUCCUGUUGCCGGCUGACUCUGGGGAGAAGAUCUCCUUUAUUUUGACAGUCCUUCUGUCCCUGGCUGUGUUACUGACUCUGAUUGGAGACAGUAUGCCCACUACGUCACUGCAUACAUCUAUUCUGGCCGUGUAUCUAUCGUUGGUAUUAGCUGUGUCAGGAGUUGUGAUUUUGCUAACAGUCCUAAAUCUACGACUUUACCUCCGAGUCGACCAGAAAAACAUACCGAACUGGCUCAAAAGGUUCACCAUUCGGGUCCUAAUUCCUUUUUCUUGUCAAUGCUCAAAGGUUAAGGAUAGUUCAAAGGUCGAGGUCAUCAGACAGAAUACAAAUAUGGUUCAAGUUACUGAUCUAGACCACGCAGAUGUCGUCACGGUGGAGAACGGUCAGAAGAAGAAAAAGACAUUGAAACGAAUGAGUCAGAAGAAGGCAGAAAUUCCGGAACAAGACUUCCCAUCCUCGGAAAUAGACGAUGAUUUUCCUUAUCUCUGUCGAGAUAUUUCUGGUUUUCUCGAUUGUUUCUUUUUUCAUCUCUUUAAUGUGAUUAUUAUCGUCCUGACCGGGAUUUUCUUGGCCAUACUUUUAUUUGGUUCAAAGCCACACACUUCACAUUAGUUAAAA